AAAAACAGAACACGUACUUUGUAAGAUCAUAAAGAACCGCAUUAAGCUCAGCGAAGCUCGAAAAACAAAUCUUAAUUUUUUGUUGAAUUUAACAGAAAUAUUUUCAGUUGGAAAAUGAAGGGCUUUCUUGGAGUUGUUGUUCUUAUUUCGUCUGCAGUUCUGGUUUCUUCACUACAGUGUUGGAUGUGUCCGGGUGGUCAGUCGUCGUUUCAGCUCUGUGAUGACAAUAAAAUUAAACAGCCAUGUAAAGUUUCUUCUUGGACGAGAUGUGCUACAUUCUCUUAUUUUAAAAAUGGAAGUCGGAUUUUUGCAAAGAGUUGCACGUCUGAAGCAUUAUGCAGCAAAAACAGCACCUUCUGUGCAAGCGUGCCCGGUGGAGAAGCAAAAUAUUGCCGAGUGCAAUGCUGUGAAACAAACCUUUGCAAUUUUCAAGUAGGUUUUGCAACGACUACUGCUCCAUCUACGACAGCAGCCACAACGACACGACGGACUUUCAAGACAACAACGAGUACCUCACUCUCUCCCCGUGAGACGACAGAAGAACAGACAGAGAAGCCUUUGAAUCCUUCAAAAAAUCCUCAAAGUGGAGAAGAUGAUGAAGACUGUAGCUGGGUUGAUGGAUCUGCAAGUUCUGUCACCAACAACGUCUUCACUAGUAGAAUGUGCUUGGUUUUACUUGCUAUUUUCCUUUUGGUGUUUUAAACACGAAAAUCGCGCAAUGUGAAUAUCCCUAUUUCAAAAAAGGUUGAAUACUGAAUACUGCAUACAGAAUAGUGCAUUMCAAGACCAAAGGGCAUUGUGGGUCAUARUGACAAUGUCUAAAGUAGGAUUAAUAAUAAUGAU